UUGACUUCCUCCGCCCGUCGUUCUGCCCGUCUCGAUCGCUUCUCCCCUUCCAUUCGCCUCUUCAAAUUUCUCCUUCCUCCUUUUCAAAUUCCGUAUUCCCGCCACUCUCUCACUCCUUUCUCUAUCCCUCGGUAUCGUCUUCUCUCUCUCACCCCUUUACUUCAUCUAACCAUUCCAUUUUUCCGGAAUCUAAUAUCGUCCGCUUACAUUCUCCUCGCAUCGAUGCUUCUGGACGAUCUAGCUCGCAGGGAACUGGAUUGUCUCUAAUCUUUGAUUUCUGGUGCGGAUGGAGCGGCUCAACUCCGAGAUAUACGAAAAGUACAAGAAUUUGAAGAAAAGAAAGUUACUGGAUGAGGAGUGGGGCCAAAAAAGAGAUUCUGAUAUAAGGAAUUUUCAAUCAGCUACGGAGGAUUUGAUAGAAGAGUUGAAGAACGAAAAUGACCGACUGCGUGCAGAGAUAUCUUCUAUGCAGGAGCAAUAUGCUGAAUGUGAAAAGCUUCUUCUUGAAGAGAGCCACAAGACAAAAGAACUCUCUAAUGAAGUUGGGAGGCUUCAGAAUCUUUUGUCACAGAAGAAUGAUGUUAACGACAUUGCACUGCUGAGGUCUCUUAAUACAGUUCCUAUGGUCCAAUCAAGAGAGAAAUCCAAAACUCCAACAAAGAAAACACCAAACUCAUGCACAAAGGAAAGUGAGAUCCAACAUGAAGAGGCAGCUAUUAUUCCUUAUGGUGGCCAUCAAGAGGAGCGGAUUGUGCCAGACUGCUGUAGAAGAAACUUGUCCAGUUCAGGGGAUGCUGCAGGAAAAGGUCAAAAUGAUUGUGUCUUUCAAACUCUUCUUGAGUUCUUGGCUGGCAUGAAAUUUUCCAUAGACAGUCAAAAUGAAGCGCUAAGUUUCUCAGUUGUUCAUCAAACAAGUGGCUAUACUUUCAGCCUAACAUGGAUAAGACAUGAAGAUCGAGAAGGUGAGCUGAUGUACCAUGUUUCUUCACUGGGGACUCUAGAGAGGGUAGCUCUAGACUGGAUGAAGGAAGAUAUGAUUUUCAGCAUGACCAUGUGCCGCGUCUUCUUUGAAAGAAUAUCAAGAGUCAUCGGUCAUCAUUGAUCGAGGAUUGAUCGAUCCUCGCCUCUCCAAGCCAUAGUUACUAUGAAACUUGUUGCUCCAAAUUACUGUAUCAAAUCUGAUGUCUCAUGUUUUGGUUUAAGUGUUGCUUGCACUGUUUUUCAGAACUUCUUGUUCCUUUUUUGCACCGAUUACCUAUCCUCGUCCCCAAAUUACGGACAACCAACUCUGAAGUCUAUAAUUUGGCCCGGCCCAAUCAGAGCCUAACCCAUAUUCCUUGUAGGGGUAUUAAGUCGAGCAAACUUAAAAGUAUCCCUUUUCUAGAAAUAGACUCACAACUGAAACAAAUCAAAGUUGUGUUUUGAGGGGAGAAUUCUGGCUGUGGGUUUCUGUGGCCAGGUUUGUACUUCAGUUGGAUUGAGUUUUAUUUGAGUAUUUAUUUAAAAAAAUAAUAUUCUUUUGUUUGGUA